GCUCAAUCACUGAUAAGUUGGAUCCUCCGCAAGGAGAGAAGAGCGAACUAGACCGCGAAGCAGAGGUUUUCUAACAUGAAGCGCAUACUUCAGCUGUUUCCCUGAUUGUAUUUAACGUUCUCUCUUUAUCACGUUCUCGCGACAACGACGUAGCGUUUUGAAAAAUGCGCUGCCAUCGUACGUACAGAGUAAGGAGUUACUUCGUGUAGGUGCACACGCAACACGGUCCUCACACGCGGCAGUGGAGCAUCGCGCCGAUUCGCUAACACUAAUCCCCCCAGGAAGAUGAACACGUUUAAAGUGAUUGGCGCGUAUUAAAUCCGUACCUUAUGCGAGCUCGCCCUGUUCCUUUCCAUCGAUGGCUAGGCUUACGAGUAGGCGACUGUGAGGGCCGUGUUGCCGCGGGAGAGUUGAGGUUGAAGCUGAUCUUGAGUAGCUGCAUAGGGUGCGACGAUCAGGAAUAAGUAAAUAAUGUUCAGCAAAAAUAGCUCCAAAGUUAGAUCUUUUCAUCACAAAAAAAGUCAAAUAAAGUCGCUGUUUAAUACAAACACUUCGCCUUUUCAGCGCCUAAUUCUUUCAUUAGCAAGCACAGCUUGUUUACUUUUGCGCAGUCGAGGUAGCAUGUCUCUCUUCCGUUUCCUAGUUUAAGCGUUUUGAAGUAAGAAUCAGUUAAGCUCUUUCUAAUCCAGCUUUCUCUCUCACUGGUUUUUCUCAGGUAAAAUCUGAUCUGGUUGUCGGUAAAGGCAAAGGCAGAUAACAACUAUCGUAGUAUCUUACUCUUAAUAUCCAGAACAUGGCGUUGCAAACCGUCCACCGAGUACCGGUCAACCGUCCCGAGGACGAGGGCGAUCUCUCGCUGCCGCCGGGUUUCACGUGGGACGCGCCGGAGGUAAAGGAGCUGCUGGCGGAGUCCAUCGAAAACAUCGCCGAUUUGGAGAGAGAGGCGUCCGAAAACAAAAACUUCUACGAAAAGGGCAACAAGGAUCUCGAAAUCAGAAUAAAGGUAAAUGCUUUUUGUGAUGAUUUUGCAGUGAUUGAGUGAAAAGAGCCUAUAGGCUACCUUUGCGGCGUAACUGUUGUAGCGGGUCCAUUUUUGAAUAUAAGACUUUUGAUAAUUUUUUGCACAGGAUGCGCAGAAGGCGACGGAAAAAAAGAGAAAAGAGGAAGAGGCGGACAUGAUGUCAAAAAUCAGCGCUGAGAAACAAGCGCUGCAAGCAGUUGAGGUAUUGUUCUCGCCUUGAGUAUGAAUUUACCAUGAGCUUUCGCAUUAUCUUCGCUAUUUUUUCUCAAAUAUUCACAUUCCAGCUCUUCACCGAAUCAUGUUUAGAUUCCCGUCUUAUUAUUUUAUUUUUCAGGGAAAAAUGCAAGGGCACAAGUCCCGACACCAACGAAAUAUGGCGAUGCUCGAGCGGAACUACAAGAUGGACUGCGAGGCCCUUGACCGAGAAACCGCAGAGGGGAAGCAAACACUGCUUGCCAAGCAGGCCGAGCUCGAGCUUGUGAAGAAAGCAAGCAGCAACGCGCAGGAUAACGUUGGCGAGAAGAUGCGAGAGGAAGAAGAAGACGAGGACAUUUGGGGAGACGACUAGUGCUCCCAUGUCUUCUCAACGACCUCCCUGUUUUUGACACGAAAGCGACAUACGAGUGUGUACUAUUGAUUCAAAAAUGUAUGAACCAAAAAUGCACGAAUAAAAGUGAUUAUCUUGUUCCACAGCGAAAAGCUUGGACUUCGACGCAAU